AUGGCUUCGGAAAUCGAGAAAGACGACGUUCAGUCGAUUAAAGCGCUUCCGACUGUGAAAAUAGACGUGAUCAAAUAUGACGAAGAGGAACAGAUGGAAGAGGAAGAAGAAAUUCAAGUGAGACAAAUGGAACAAGAAUCGGACAGCAAUUCUGACAGCGGCAGUAGCGUCAGCAGCAGCAGUGUCGAGGACAGUGACGAUGAUUUCGAAUGGGAAAUGAGCACGUCUAAGAUGAAAAAGAAGAAGAGGCACACAGAUGACACCCAGGAUUCUUCUGGUUUGGAGAGCGACGUCGAUGGCAAGACCAAAAAGAAAAGAAAUGUGAGUUGGAAGUUGGAAAGAAACACGAAAACUUGCAUUUUAGAUAAUUGAUCUGGAAGCUAUCGAAAAAAGAUUGGACAGAGACAUCAAGCGGAAGAGGCUCCUCAAGAAACAGAAAAGAGCAGAGGGACAAGCGUCGGACGACGAUGACCUAAUCUGCGAAUUCGAGUCGUCGAGAGUUCAGAAAAACAGGAAGAGAAGACUUUUCCGCCGAAAAAUGGUAAUAUUUUGAAUGUGAUAAAUUUUCAUUAGCACUGAAACUAUAGAUCAAAGGACCCGGAGUGAUUAAAAGAAGACGAAUAAAAAGAACCAGCGUGGAUGUGACUGCUGACUACACGUGCGACACUUUCUAUGAAUUCGGAUCCACUGUCGAGGUAGAAUGAAAGUUGCGAUGCUGUUCUUAAAUUGUUCCAGACGUUGACUACUGAAAUUCAAUGGGGCGACAAAAGGAUAAAUCAAAACGCGCUGAGAAAAGUUUUCAAAGAACUUAACCUUGAGGAGUGCGAAUCGGACAACGAAGGUUUGGAGGAAGAAGAUGAGACUGACUUGAUCUCCCAAAAUCUCAGUGUAUGUACUGACGAGUUUGCUAUCAAUUCAAUUCAAAUUUCGAAUCUCAAAAUAGUUUUUUUUCAGUAUUAUCAAGAUCGGGUUGCGAAAGAACGGAUCAGCCAGAUAAAUAGCUUGAAAGUGAACCCAUUCUCUGAGAAACUGGCCGGAUACAAGUGGGCAUUGCAUUUAUGACGUUAUUUCAAACAUGUUGGUAUUUUUAUAGCAGCCGUAGAUCGACUCAUGGACCCAGCCGCUCACUCGUUCAGAACUAUCAUCCAGAUUCUCUGAACGAGGAAGGAGAUCACAAAAUGCCACAGGCACUAGUUUGGGAACGCCCAUUCAAGUAUGCAUCAGAAGAAACAAGCUGGAAUUCAAGUUUAAUUUCACGGAUUGCAGACACCUGGUUUACCAAUCUUCUCAAUUUGAUACGAAUGAGGAGACGAACGACUUUUUGGAUAAACUUGCGAAGGAGAGAGAAAAGAACUUGGAGCGAGAGCUGCUGGAGGAGGUUAUGCAGAGAGUGCACGAGAAGAUAUCCGACACCAAGUUUUCGCGUUUCAAGUUCUACUCCAACUACUGUUUCGAGCAGAAGCAUUCAGUUCCUGGUCCGUCUUCCGUUCAGCUCAAUUACGGAGACGAAAUGUACGCCUACAAGAAUCAAGAGGACGGCGACGAAUUCAAUGAACCGCUCGUUUUCGGCGCAAAUGAUUUCAUGUAAUAACUUCUGAUCGUUGACGUAUUUUGCUCGCAUUUUUAACAGUUUUAUUGUUUCCAUUGACUUUUCUUCGAAGUAUUGAGCUCGUUAAACUUUUAUGCAGCAAUAAACUGAGUACUAUUUAACAGGUAGCAGUGCUCACAAGUCACAAUCUGCAACAAUUCGCAAUGCUCUCUUUUCUCAUUCGCCUCGUGUUCCUUUUCUCAAUUCUUCUGGUGAGUGAGAAAAUAACUAAUCGAACGUUUAUAAUUCGUUUACAGGCUCUCUUCGUUUCGGCGGACGAAUGCAAGGAAGUGAAGGACGGCGUUAACGUUUGUUGA